CCGGCAGGGGCGGCGAUGGCGGCGCCGGCGGCGGCGAGCGCGGGGCGCGCCUCGACGGAGCGGCCCGCCGUGCCGGUGCGGCGCAGCGCGGCGCAGACCCCCCGCUCCCUCCGCCUCGCUCCGAGGGGGCGGAGGGCAGGGCAGGGCGGGGGCUGGCCGGCUGCUGCCCCACGCGGCGCCCGGGCUGGCGGCGCCCCCGGCGCGCUCCCCGCGCACUCCGUGCCCCUCUGUCAUGCUCGCCGCCUGGGAGCGGGCGGCGGGCUCCUGCGCCGGCAGCCGCGCCGCCGAGCCCUCGUCGUCGGCGCUGCCCUCGCCGCCCGCCGCCGACCCCCAUCCCCGCGGGCGGCGCGGCGGGGCGCGGCGGAGCGCGGGCGGCGCUGCCCGCCGCCGGGGGCUGGCUGCCGCUGCGGCGAGCGCCGGGUGGCGGCGGGCGGCGAUGGGCACGGCGGCCGUGCACCUCCUGCUGCUGCUGGGGCUGCUGCACGCCGGGCCCGGCGGCGAGGGCAGGAAGGGCUGGCGGCGGCGGGGCCCGGCAGCCCGCGAGCGCGGCGAGGCGGCGGCGGCCGAGAGCUUCCCGCUGGACUUCACGGCCGUGGAGGGCAACAUGGACAGCUUCAUGGCGCAGGUCAAGAGCCUGGCGCAGUCGCUGUACCCCUGCUCGGCCCAGGCGCUGCCGCACGACCUGCGCCUGCACCUCCUGCACAACGCCUCGGUCACCUGCAACGACGGCAGCCCGGCCGGGUACUACCUCAAGGAGUCCAAGGGCAGCCGGCGGUGGCUGCUGUUCCUGGAAGGGAGAACUGCGACAGCCGCUACGAGACCAUGCGAAGGCUCAUGAGCUCCAGGGAGUGGCCUGCGACCCGCGUGGGAACUGGGAUCCUGUCGUCACAACCAGAAGAAAAUCCCCACUGGUGGAACGCAAACAUGGUAUUCAUCCCGUAUUGCUCAAGUGAUGUUUGGAGUGGUGCCUCCUCCAAGUCUGAGAAAAAUGAAUACGCCUUCAUGGGAGCGCUGAUCAUUCAGGAGGUUAUAAAGGAGCUGGUGGGAAGAGGCCUGAGCACGGCGAAGGUGCUGCUGCUGGCGGGGAGCAGCGCCGGGGGCACCGGGGUGCUCCUGAACGUGGAUCGCGUGGCCCAGCAGCUGGAGGAGAUGGGCCAUCACGGCAUCCAGGUGCGAGGCCUGGCGGACUCCGGGUGGUUCCUGGACAACAAGCAGUACCGCAGAACCGACUGCAUCGACACCAUAACGUGUGCGCCAACAGAAGCCAUCAGAAGAGGAAUAAGAUACUGGAAUGGUAUUGUUCCUGAACGCUGCAAGCUGCAGUUUAAAGAGGGAGAGGAAUGGAACUGCUUUUUUGGAUACAAGAUUUACCCCACGCUUCGAUGUCCGGUCUUUGUUGUCCAGUGGCUGUUUGACGAGGCCCAGCUGACUGUGGACAACGUUCACCUCACCGGGCAGCCUGUGCAGGAGGGGCAGUGGCUGUACAUCCAGAACCUGGGCAGGGAGCUGAGGAACACCUUGAAGGACGUGACCGCCAGCUUUGCUCCUGCCUGUUUGUCUCAUGAGAUCAUUACACGCAAUCACUGGACGGACAUCCAGGUGAAGGGGACGUCGCUGCCCCGCGCCCUGCACUGCUGGGACCGCAGCCUGCACGAGAGCAACAGGAACGGGAAGGUGGCUCUGAAGGGCUGCCCCAUCCAGCUGGUCGACAGCUGUCCCUGGCCGCACUGCAACCCCUCGUGCCCCACCAUCCGGGACCAGUUCACGGGGCAGGAGAUGAACGUGAUCCAGUUCCUCAUGCACAUGGGCUUCGAUGUGCAGAAGAUGGCGCAGCAGCAGGGCCUGGAGCCCAGCAAGCUCCUGGGGAUGCUCAGCAGCGGUACCUAGGACGGGGCAGAGGGCGAGAUCGGGACGGGACUCCAGGCCCUUUCUUCCCACGCUCACGCAGGCAGACGCACGCUCACGCCCGCACACUCGAGCUCACACACGCCCACGUGCUCACACACGCCCACGUGCUCACACACUCUUGCACACUUAGGAUGUGUCAAGGGACAAAAAGGCAGUUUCUUGCUUACACUAUUUGACCGGAACGCGGUACCGCCAGACGCCGUUCACGCGCCCUCCUGCGUGCCACGAGGCAGCCUGGCCCGGGGAGCAGCAAAGCCGGGAGCAGCAGCGAUGAUAACCUCCCCAGGCCUAGGACUUCUUCCCUUGCCGUGAUUUUACAUCGUAGACUGGACACGAGUGGUGAAGAAGCAAGCACUGGAUUUCUUUUGUCCGACCAGAAGUGAAGGAACGGUUACAUGGCUCCUGGAGUUCGGCGUCUCACGAGUCGUGACGUGCGAACGCAGGACACGUGCUAGGGAUGGACGCUCUUGUACUCAAUUUACUUCCGUAUUAUUUUAUAAAAUGACUUUUUUAUUACUUUUUUAAACUAAGCAAGAAAUAUAAAUGAUAUUGUUUUGUAACAUAUUUUUUUUAAAUAACGAAGAAACUUCUUGCUACUUUGGCAACGUGGACAUAUUUAUUUUAAUAUGUAAAACGCUAUUUAUAAGGGCUCACCAGAGAACCAUACGUAUGCCUUUGUAAAGCUGUAUAUGCUGCUCAUUUGGAUGAUCACCUGAUGAUCACCUUGUGCCUGGGAGAGGACUGCGGGUGGUAUUGAUGUUUUGUAAUAAUUAGACCAGUGUUCCCCUUGCCA